AUGAUUCGUUGUUUUAAUCAUGGUAAGAUGUCAACCAUGGUAUGCACUACAAAAGGAUGUCAACAUAAAACCUUAUGUUCAGAUUGUAUAGUCACUCAUCCUAAAAAUCAUUUGGCGGCAAUCCUACCAUUAAGAGAUUUCGAUCCUUCUAGUUAUUCAGUACCAAAAACUAUAGCCAGUAUAGAUAUUCAUUCUAAUAAUAGAGGAUUUAAGCAUUGUUAGAUAAAGAAUGUCAAUGUUAUAGAAUCAUUUGAUAUAAACUAGAGAAAUUCGAAAAUCUGAAUGUAAAAGAUUAUAAAAACAUAUUGUCAAUUACUUUACAGAUGAAUUAGAUUGUAUAUUUAAACAUUUAUUAAAUAGCUUUUAUUAAAACUGUUAUUCUUUAAAUUGAAUAAUUUUACAAUGAAAAACAUACAAAAAUUGCAGAAGUUACUUAAAAUUGUGAAGAACAUAUUAAUAAAUUGAAUUCAAUUAUUAAUGGAGAAGUAGAUGAUUCUAGAAAAUUUGAUUUCUUAUUAGAUUUAUAAGAAAAAUUAUUACAAGUUAUUGUACNUAGAAAUUCAUGUAACAAAGAGUAUCAAUAGCUAUAGAAACAAGAGUAAGAUUAGUAUAUUUUCUUAUAAAUGGAUUGUUAUGUAAGAAUUUAGUUGCUCUAUUAAAGUAUAAAUUUAUAAAAGAUUAAAGUAGCAAUAAAAAUAUAGCUAUAAUUGAAAGUGUUGGAUCAGAUUCAAAAUCUAUAAGAAUUGAAACUUAAGGCAUAAAAAAGAUAUGCCAAGUUACAUUAUUAUAAUAGUACAUCAAUUUUAUUCGCAUAAAACUCAUCAGCAAACAACAACCAUUCAAUAUUAUUAGUAUUAUUUUGA